AUGAAGGCUGCCACCGUGGUAUGUAUAAAUGUAUUGUAUAUUUUCUUUUUACUUGACAGCAUGGGUUGUUCCUCGAACAAUAUCCCCUUCAAAUGCUUGCUGUGGUCUAUGUCAAUAUUUCCCCAAAAGACAUUAUGUCAACGGUGGCUACAUCACGAUAUCUUAAAUAUUAAUUUAUCCCACCGCUCAAUUUGAGGGUGACUACAACAAACUAGUUGGAUGAGAUAGUAAAACAGAAAAAAAUGGCGAUACUGAGCCAAGAAGGACCAUGACCAUGUUGUGAUAGAGAUUAGUAUCUAGUUAGCAUGAUAACAAAGUAAUUUGCAUUUGAAAAGCAGCAACGUCUGUAUCAUAACAAGGUCAUCCGUAGCCUCACCCCUGUUCAAAGGCUUGGCAACCAAGCGCACAACUGUAAAAUGGACUACUGCGCCAUUAAUUACACUUAAAAGCCAAAGCAGAUACAAUCAGAAGGAGAAACAAACGAAUAUAUGCAACUUUUUAAUGGAAAGGUCGACAACCCUGAAAGGCAAAGAGGGUAGUUUCAGGUCAUGGCUCCUUGACCUUUUUCUUUAUGAAUUGAAAUUUCCAGUAUGGCGGAGCAGGUUGGGAGCCUUACAAGGGAAGACUCAAUCAUCACACUACAUAUUUGGCCGGAAAUAACAAAAAGGGCCAGUGGCUCCAGGUGGAUUUCGGCAAAGUUGUCAAAGUGACGAAAAUUGCCACCCAAGGUCGCCAUAAUGCCAAUCAGUAUAUCACAAAGUAUGUAGUCUCCUCAAGCCUGGAUGGUAGUCUUUUUCAGUUUCAAGAGCACAAGCCCUACACUGUCCCACGGGUAGGUUGUAAAAGUAUUCGAUAAAUUUGGCCCUAAAUGCACUUCGAGGCUUGUUCUACCCUGUGCGGAAUCAACUUGAACACGUUGUUUUCGAAAGUUAUUCAAAAAAGCGUAACACAAGUAUUCCGUCCACACUAGCCAUAUAGGAAACGAAUAACAUGUCUCCCGUAUUUUAUCGUAAUCCCCUUGUUUAGCCCAAGUGCUUUUGGGAAAACCAAAAAAAAUAUAUGUUUAAAUUAAAAAAAUAGAAGAAAGACCAUCGACAGAAGUUACGCUUGACUGCAUUUUUGGACAUGCGCACAAUUAAGGUCUAAUCAUACCACCAAGUACUGACAAAGAGGAGUGACAUUAGCGUCUUCGAAAAGCUCGCUUUUCCAAAUGUUUUCCCUCCUUACUAGGAUGCAAAUCUGGCGUUAAAAUUUAUUCUUUCUGAAGAGCUUUCUUUUUAAAGCUCCUUUUUGUGGACGACUAGUCCAGAUCAUAGUAGACGGUAGGCCUACGCAUAACUUUAUCUGGCUUAUUGUGAUUGUAAAGAGGGUAUUGUACGGGUUGGUACUCUACAAAAACAUCCAUCCAAUUUUGUUUUUAGAGGACAAUAAAUCAUUCUUUUUCUAACCUGCACCUAAAUGUAAUUCUAAAUGCUAUUUAAAUUAGACUGAUUUCUUUUAAUGACGAUGGGUGUUCAUCUCAGGAAUAUUACGGGAACAGCGAUUACCGAUCUGUAAAGGUGAACAUUUUGGAUGAACCAAUCAUUGCUCGUUAUGUUCGUAUCCACCCGACUGGUUAUUACGGUUACACCGCAAUGAGGAUUGAAAUGUAUGGCUGCGAGUCCGGUAGGCAUGGGUCCAAAUUUCCUUUUUUUCUCUUUUAGCUUGAAAGUAUUUUAAUGGAAUGACUUUUUUCAAUUGACUUUUAUUAUCAUAAACUCCGUCACGGGGACACUUUAGCAUAGAGCCAAUCAGUGAGGAGGAUUAUUUACCACUUGGUACAAAUGAACCAAUGAUUGUUUUCCAUGUGUACAAUUGAUCACAUGGAAUAUAAAAUACUUUUUUACUAAUACCACUGCCAUUUAUGUUAUCAUUGUUGUCAUCAUCAUUUUAAUUUUUAGACCUGUCAAAAGCCUGUUACAAACGAAAAGAAAAGCGAUCAUAGCCUUUUUUUCUUCAUUUCUAAACAACGACCGCUAUACUUCGAAUUCGGACUACCGUAGAACAUCGAUUUAACGAACCUCCAUAUAACGAAGUCCUCGGUAUGACGAACGAUACUUUUUAGCCCGGCCAAAGUUCAAUUAAAGUGUAUGGGACAGAACCUCAAUAUAACGAAAUCCUCGUUAUAACGAUUACAAUCCAGAAGCCCAAACGUAUGAUAUACCCUGAUAUAACGAACACAUGUUAACAAGAGACAAUUUUUAAAAAGAAUUUGUCAAAAAACCAAAUUAAUGAGCAGCACUCUGCGAACAGUUGUCGUAAAACGUCUUUACUCUCCGACGCGUUUCGUCUAACUUAAAAGUUAAGUAAAACCGUGGUCCCCAAAUAUUUUCUUACCUGGCUUAGAAAAUUUGCAUAAUUUUUCAUAACUUUGUCUGUCCUUGUUCGUAAGUCCGGCUAAGCCUAUAUGGUCUUGUGUUACAAAAGAGGCUGGGUCUGAGCGGCACAGACAAAAAUAUAAGAGCCUUGCGAGCCGUUUAGAUUUGUUUACUCAUUUAGAUCUUCUUGUUGUUUAAGGUUUUGACAUUCCAAAACCUCCAGCGUGUAUGGAAGGUCUGGGUAUGGAAGAUGGCAAAAUCCCUGACUCGUCCAUCACCGCUUCCAGCGUUUACAACUCAAACUAUCGUCCCAGCAAUGGUCGGCUGUACAAAUUUCCGUAUGGUUGGAUGACCUCCCAAAGAAAUACCCAACAAUGGUUUCAAGUAAAUUUUGGAGGCUGGACCCAGGUGACCAGAUUCUGCACCCAGGGAGAAGCGUCCGGGAGCUACUGGGUUACCAAGUACAGACUUGCUUAUAGCUACGAUGGCGUGUUUUAUCGGGAUUAUGUAGAAGAUAAUCUUUCAAAGGUAUGCUUGUUGUUUUUGUUUAUUUAUUUAUUUUUUUUGUAAAUUUAAUUCAAUGCAAUGGUUACGAGGAAUUUCUGGUACUUUUUAAUUUGUGAUAAGCUUUUGUCAGUUUUCUUGGACUUGCCCAUGCCGAUGCUCAACAGCAUUCCAGCUAAGUUGAAGUGACUGAUCAAAAGAAACAUCCCACUUAUUCAUUCAGUAGAAAUGAAUAAACACCAAAAAAUAAAUAUUCACUCGUUCAGGACGCGCACAGCCUUGUAAGCAGCGUAGUUGUUAUGGUUUUUCUGUUUUACCCUAACUUGUAACUAAUUAAUCUCCUUUGCCAAGUAUGUUUCGAGCACUCUUCAAUCGUGUGUCCGAUGCAAUUUGGGUUUACAUCGGCCUUGCUUCAGUGCACUUUGGGUAAAACCAAAACCGAAGUAAUCAAAACAGCUGAUCAGAUGAAUGGAUCACAAGAGACAAUAGGAACUCAAAUUGAAAAAAAUUAAGAAAAUGAACGACACUUUUUCGAAAAAUGUUUCGACAGUUCUUCUGUCAUCUUCAGUUUUAAUAAUACAAAGUACAAAGUUGAAUUUAGUGUGUAACAAAAUGCUGAUUGGACAAAACAAAAUAGUAAUAAAAAACAAUAGUAAUAAAACAAGGUAUGCAUUUACAAGGAAAGUUUUAAAUUAACAUGAUAAAGUUGUCGAUUAAGUGUAGGUUUCUCCUAUUGAAUGUGGAAAAAAAUUGAAAACAUAUAAAUUGUUUUAAGAGAGUAAAAAUGCGAGUGUGCAAACUGCGAUGGAUUCAAAUUUUGAAUCUUAAAGGCUGCGAGACUGACGAGAGUUUUCUAGAGGAAAGCAAAGGAAAAGCGAGGCAAUCCAUUAUUACUUUCAACACUCAAUUCAAAAUUGCUCCGUUUGGCUCUCACCAUCUUCACACUCACCAUUUUCGCUCUCACCAUUUUCACCAUCCUUUCAACCCACCAGACGCCAAACCAAGAUCAAUCUCGACCUCGUCCUUGAGUUGCCAGUUCUCAUUACCUUCUUGUGGUAUUUUCUCAUUCGUACCUUUCUAUGAACGCCAAGUAGUCCAGCUUUGAUUGAUAAACAGAGGCAAUUAUUAGGUUCCUUGCCGCUUGUUCUAUUUCAGGAAUUUGCGGGCAACACAAACAACUAUCUUCAAAUAUGCCACGAUCUGAAGAAUCCAAUUGUCACAAGAUAUAUUCGCAUCAUCCCAUUAGCGUGGAAUGUUUAUAUUGCCCUAAGGGCUGGCUUUUACGGCUGUAAAUCUGGUAAGUUUCGAAUAUAUCUAAUCUUUCUAUUCUAGAAUCGUGUUUUUUCACAAAGAAGAAUAAAAGCACUUACUACAUUUUUGUCACGUGUGAACUUAGUUAAUUGUAAGUUAGUUUUUAGGUUAAAACUUUAUGCUUUUAAAAAUUACCAGUUGCCAUUCUGCGUAAGUAACGCAGUGAUCAGUUCAGUAUCAAAGCAACUGCAUUUCUAUCCCGCCUACCCCUUCCCUAACCCAACAUUAACUUGUUAUCAGUCAAGAAUGUUGUUGAGUGAGGGAAGGGUUUAGGUGGGUUAUACUAAGGUAGUGGGAUAAACUUCAAGAUAUCUUGAAAAACUCUAUGAAUCUUGUAUCGAUACCUUUAUGCCAACAGGGUUUGAUAUCCCCGAGAUUGUAUGCGCAGAUGCUCUCGGAAUGGAAAACGGCAAGAUACCAGAUUCGUCCAUUAUGGCUUCAUCACGUUAUAAUCAAUGGUGGGGACCCGAGAGAGGAAGACUUAACGAGCAGAGAGAGGGUAUUGGACAGAUUUCAUUAUGUUCUCAUCAUCAUCUUUACCCUCGUCAUCGUCAUUUUUGUCGUCAUCAUUAGUAUCAUCUUUGUUAUCAUCAUCCCAUUAUCAUCUUCCUUACCAGCGUCAUCGACAUCAUCGCCGUCGUCAUCAUCAUCAUUAUAUUUAUCAUCAUUACAUGUUGCCGUGUGUCUGUUCAGUAAUAGAUCAUAGAUGACGUCAAAAUGCAGUAAAGACAUAAAAAAAAAAGACACAAGGCGCAGCCAGGUGUUGAACUGAUGUUCUUAGCACAUCUCGACGUCAUCUAUGCGUCUGUCUACCAAUAAUUCAUUAAUAAGAACCAAUCAGCUUUACAUUUGAGUUAUCAUCGUUAUCAUUAUAUACUUUAGACCUAAUAUGAAAACUCUGGUUGAUCGAAAGCAUAAAGUCAAUACACAAUAGUGUGUGAAGUUGACACGAUAACUCAAUAUUUGCCGCAGAUAAUUGGUUAUCAUGUCGAGUUCAAAGUCUGUCUAGUUUCUAACCCCCUCGUUUGUGAAGUGUUCUCAAACGUUUGCGAACUCCGAGAGAAAUGUCUUUCGCAGAUUGUUUAAAAAUGGUAUAACAAAACAAUUAUUGAAUUCAGUUUUUGCAUGAUAUCAUGAAUUGUCAAACAUCGUGUCUGUGAUACAAACUACAUGGAUGUAACUCAGACCUCGGCGUUGAUAAUUUAUGCAAUUACGAAAACCAGGAGCUCAUUUUUUGGAGCGUUCAACUCCCAUACUGAACUUAUGUCACGGCAUUAUCACAGAACGGUCUUUUUUUUGCAUCUGUAGGGAGUUACCAGGGUGGUUGGAUUUCCCAAUAUGCCGAUACUAAUCAAUAAGAGAUUUGUAUCUUUAGGGAGUUACCCGGGUGGUUGGAUUUCCCAAUAAGCCGAUACUAAUCAAUAAGUGAUUUGUAUCUUUAAGGAGUUACCCGGGUGGUUGGAUUUCCCAAUAUGCCGAUACUAAUCAAUAAGUGAUUUGUAUUUUUAGGAAGUUACCCGGGUGGUUGGAUUUCCUAAUAUGCCGAUACUAAUCAAUAAGUGAUUUGUAUCUUUAAGGAGUUACCCGGGUGGUUGGGUUUCCCAAUAUGCUGAUACUAAUCAAUAAGUGAUUUGUAUUUUUAGGAAGUUACCCGGGUAGUUGGAUUUCCCAAUAUGCCGAUACUAAUCAAUAAGUGAUUUGUAUCUUUAAGGAGUUACCCGUGUGGUUGGAUUUCCCAAUAUGCCGAUACUAAUCAAUAGGUGAUUUGUAUCUUUAGGGAGUAACCCGGGUGGUUGGAUCUCCCAAUAUACCGAUACUAAUCAAUAAGUGAUUUGUAUCUUUAGGGAGUUAUGCCGAUACUAAUCAAUAGGUGAUUUGUAUCUUUGGGGAGUAACCCGGGUGGUUGGAUUUCCCAAUAUGCCGAUACUAAUCAAUAAGUGAUUUGUAUCCUUAGGGAGUUACCAGGGUGGUUGGAUUUCCUAAUAUGCCGAUACUAAUCAAUAAGUGAUUUGUAUCCUCAGGGAGUCACUCGGGUAGAUGGAUCUCCCAAUAUGCUGAUACUAAUCAAUAAGUGAUUUGUAUCCUUAGGGAGUUACCAUGGUGGUUGGAUUUCCCAAUAUAGGGACGCUAAUCAGUGGCUUAUGGUUGAUUUGGGAAAGGUUACCAAGGUAACUAGACUAGCAACACAGGGCCGAUCUGACGCGGGAUGGUGGUCAAAGUCCUAUAGCCUGGAAUACAGUGAAGAUGGAGGAGUGUUCAAACCUUACAAAAAUGGCCAGGUAUCGUAAUUAAAUUGACCAUGCAACGGAUAAGUGGCCUAGUACUUCGCAUGGUUAGGAAGUACUUCCACGUGAUUAUGAAUUCCAGGAACGCGUGCAUCAUUUUCUUAUCCUAAUAUUCUCAGACAUCCUCUUUGUACUGUCAUAGGAGCUUCAAGGGAAUAUCGACUAUACUAAUGCAGUUGGGCAUAUUCUUGAUCCACCAAUUAUCGCGCGCUUCAUCAAAAUCAACGUCAAAUCAUAUCAUGGAUAUCCGUCCCUGAGAGUUGAAUUAUAUGGAUGCACCGAAGGUAAGUGAGAUGCCUUAGUAGUUGGGGAUUAGUUAUUUUUAGGGAUUUUAAGAAAAUCACGACGGCGAAGGCGACGAGAACGUAGCGAAACAAAAGACUUGAUGAGCAAAACAAUAGCGAAACACGUCCGUUUUAAAACUUUAUAGAUUUCUUAGCCGUCCCAUGUAGAUCAAACACGUGAAAUCAUCAAAUUUUACGUCCUCUUAGCAAGGAAGAUCUACAGCAAUUUAGCAACGUUUUUAUUUUUAACUCAACACCACAUUUACAAGUUGUGCCGAAGUGAAGAUGUCGUACCGUCAGAAAAGGUUAACCCAUCGAGCUACUGGUGAAAAUCUCAGCGGAAAAUAAAUUACGUUUCUUCGGCAACAUUUUGUUUUACCACACGUUGCAAUAGUGACAUCUUAAACUCCCUAUUCACCUCCUGGGGGGGGGACAACUUUAGAGGAAUCACAUGGUUUUCACGUGCAUAAGAAUAUGACAGAACCUUAAGGGGAUUUGACAAAUUAUUAUGUACAGGGUUUUAAACACAUGCUAUCAUUACCAUUGCAUCGCACUGUGAGCCUCUAACAGGAUACAUCUUUUGCCAGUUUUGAGAAAUGUGAAAGAGAACUAGUGGAAUGUCAAAGUAACAGCUUUUUUACUUUAUGAGAGCAGCGGUCCCCCAACCAUUUACUCAAGCGUGACGAUUUGCAUCCAAAUAAUUCUACCACUAUCAACCACCAUGGGCGAGGGUUUAACACAGGUCAAUAUGGAAUCUACCAUUUGUUUUAUACGAUAAAAGAAACAAAUGUUGUUACUGACGACGUUAUAUAUCUAAGCUUCUGUUCUCCCAUAGAUCAUGGGUAAGAGCCAAUGAAAUACGUGUGUAAUUGAGCUUAUCACAUAAAACUAGAGUAAUCUAUUUCUGUGUGCAGGGUUCCCAAUACCAAGACCACCACAGUGCAUGGAUGCCCUUGGAAUGCAAAGUGGUAAAAUACCGGACUCUGCGAUUACAGCGUCAAGCUCAGUAAGUGCUAAUAGCUUUGCUCCGUACGUUGGCAGACUUCAUUUCCUGAGUUCCGGCAGUGGUAAAUACGGAGGCUGGGCGGCGGCCUCAAACAACGCUGAGCAGUAUUUCCAGGUCGAUUUUGGAAGUUGGACGCAAAUAUCAGCUGUUACCACCCAAGGAAGGCAGGAUGCUGCCCAGUGGGUCAAAACGUACAGCCUAUCAUUCAGCUAUGAUGGUGUCUUCUGGCAAACAGUUCUAAAUGAACAUGACCUAAAGCAGGUGAGAACCUAACAGUACAGUUUUCUGCCUUGUUCAUCCGGUCGCUUACAAUUCUUUUUGGUACAGACUUUUAUUUGAAAGUCCCAAUCUACUAAAUAACUGAUUUAAUGAAAAAUAUUUUUACAAAGCGACUCACUCGUGCAAUUUGAAUUUUAUACAGGUUUUUAUAGGAAAUUCUGACCGAUUCACACCAGUAAGGAACUCACCGUACAAACCGAUUAUAACGCGGUAUAUCCGCAUUCACCCAGAAACAUGGCAGUCUCACAUAACCCUGAGAGCCGAAUUUUACGGCUGCAAAGAAGGUAAAAUGUAUACUUUAGUUCUUUAAGCACUUUUCGAAACCCAGGCCAGACUAUUAUAAUCUACGACCAAUCAGAAUAAACGAGGACUUGUAGGAGAGCCAGUAGGAACUCAAAGUAAAUAAAUGUAAGUGUGAGCAAACACGAGUGACAAAGACUUAAAGGUGAACUUCAGAGGUCUAUUAUUACUACUUACGAUUCGAUGACCGCGUCAUGAGUUUUUCAUAGGCGCUUUUCGGUGUGCUGAAUGCAAAUUUGCCAGUGUUUUCCUUGUAAGAACUUCAUCAUAGUUUGUAUUUCAUGGAAAAAGUGUCUUUAAUUUCUCAGUAUGGUUAUCUACGUACAAUCCCUGUUAAUCUUUUCAAAGGUCCUUCAAGUAAUUCUUCUCACCAUAUGCCACACAACUCUUAUGAUGUCAGUUUGGAGAAUUUGACAUUGGAUCAAUUAAUAAUCCCCCAAUUAUUGAUAUUUUUUGCAUUCUCAUCACUUGUCUGCUUAAUAUUGUAUUGAUUUUAUAAGGAGAAACUCUGGCUUGGUCACUCGUGAGAGUUUAAAAGGUUAUUAAUUCUUUUUCCUCUAAGGCCAUUCAUACCAUUUCUGUGUUUUCAUAUCUCACCAAAAGAAAAUUUUUAUAUCUGUAUUUUUGUUUCAUGAAGAAGUGUUUUUUUCCUUGUACCUCGGGCUAGUCUCACACUUAAGUAUUGAGUCUCAACAAAAUACAGCUCUAACUCACAUCUUUUGUUGUUGUUGAAAUAGGAUUCAAACCACCCGUAAUAGUUUGUGCUUCUGCUCUGGGAAUGGAAAAUAGCCACAUACCAGAUACAGCCAUUACAGCAUCAUCACGUUAUAACCAAUGGUGGGGACCUGAGAGGGCAAGACUUAACAUGCAGAAAGAAGGUAUUGGAUAGAUUAUUUUAAACUUGACAGAUGUUCCUCAGUAUUCAUAACAAUUAUAGACACAGGCCUAUCGUUGAAAGAGGGACACACAAUGGCGCAAUGGUCAGUGCACUGGACACCGGUUCGAGAGGUCUGGGUUCAAGACCUGGUCGGGCCAAUGCCUCUCUCCAUCCAGGAGUAUAAAUGGGUAUCGGUGAAUUGUCAGGGAAGCCUGAUAAAAUUCUAAGGGGGGGGGUUGGGUAACCUUGCGAUGGACUAGCAUUCCAUCCGGGGGAGGAGUGGUAAUAACACUCCAGUAAGACUUCUAGUAAGACUCCUAGACGCUUCGUGCUACAUGGAAACCGGGAUAAGCUUUGACUACAGGUGGCCAAUAGGCUCUAGCACAGACUUUACCUUUUACCUAUCAGUGGGGAGGCUAAGAACUCGUAAGCAAUUCUUGCAUGACAGCUAAGUAUUGUGUAAAGUUGAUAGUGAAGACAAGAACUCGAACGAAGGCAAAGUUUUGAAAUGAAAUCUUUCUGAAAUGUUGAGGUAAAGAUAUCUAUAUCUUUAGGGAGUUACCCAAGUGGUUGGGUUUCCCAAUAUGCCAAUACUAAUCAAUAAGUGAUUUGUAUCUUUAGGGAGUUACCAGGGUGGUUGGAUUUCCCAAUAUGCCGAUACUAAUCAAUAAGUGAUUUGUAUCUUUAGGUAGUUACCAGAAUGGCUGGAUUUUCCAAUAUCCCAAUACUAGUCAAUAAGUGAUUUAUAUCUUUAAGUAGUUACCAGGGUAGUUGGAUUUCCCAAUGUGCCGAUACUAAUCAAUAAGUGAUUUGUAUCCUUAGGGAGUUACCAUGGUGGUUGGAUUUCCCAAUAUAGGGACGCUAAUCAGUGGCUUAUGGUUGAUUUGGGAAAGGUUACCAAGGUAACUAGACUAGCAACACAGGGCCGAUCUGACGCGGGAUGGUGGUCAAAGUCCUAUAGCCUGGACUAUACCACAGAAGAUGGAGGAGAGUUUACAAAGUACAACAAUGGCGAGGUAUGUUUACACUCACUGUUAGACUAUUCGGGGCCAAAUGGAUAAAAAAAGAUGAAAGGGCUGUAGCAUUUCAGAGGGAGUUAAAAAAAAAAGCGUAAUGCGAGUUAAAAUCCUGGUUGUUUUAUCAGACCUGAGUUUAAUAUGAUUUCCAUAAUGUACACGAAGCUUUUCCAUUCAAGUGAUGAACUUACUCAUUGAAGCCCCGGAUGAUUUUGGUCAUGUCACGAUAACAUUUAUCUGAACCCCCCAUAAGGCUCUACAAUAGCAUUAUGAGCCUUCACCCCCCUCCCCCUUCAUGGGCAGGGAAGUGGCUGUCAAGUUUCCAAAAUUUACCAUUUAUACUCUGUUGGCGACGACUAACCCCCGCUCCGUUCUCCAUGAAAACCAUAUAAUCCCCCUAAACUUCCCUCCCCCCUCCUCAGGCGAAAAAUGAGGGGUCCUCUUUUCUUAAAUCUGAAACUGUCCUUUUUGAAAAGGUUCUUAUGGGCAAUACCGACUACAAGACUGCAGUUGGCCGCAUUCUUAACCCAGCCAUCAUUGCUCGAUUUGUUAAAAUCAAUGUCAAAUCAUAUUCAGGAUACCCGUCGCUUAGAGUGGAACUCUUUGGAUGCUCUGAUGGUAUGUGGCUUAUAAUGUCAAAUUUUUGGUAAAUAAGAACGUCAAAGAAAAAACUCUAAUACAAGAGCAAGUGGCCUUUUUUCACAAGAUCUCAGAAGAGACAGAAUAUUAUCGCCUGUAUCAGUUGCUUUCAUAAAUGGUUAUUCAUUUUUGAGAAAUGCAAGAUGUCUUAGAUAUUUCCAAUGUUAACCUUUAAGUUACCUUUAAGGCAACCUAAUAUAGUUCUUCAAUACUUAUGAGUGGAAAGAAGGAAACCCUGACGAGGAAUUAUCGACAGGAACCUAAUCUUUCGAAUAGCCUUGAAGGAGGCUUUCCUUUUAAAAAAAAAAUAUUGCUUAGGAAGGUGAGGAAGAUCCGUCUCGAUGAGUAGCGUAUAUUGUACCAGAACGCCAUAAUAAACAAUUUUAACUUUAGCAUUAAUAGUGUCAACUGUGUCAGGUCAAGGUGUUUUGCAGAUAACCUAAUGACAAUCAGCAAACACCUAAAAAGGGCUUUGUGCGCAUCAUCUCGGAAGUUGAUCUUUAAUCCAAUAAAAUGAAACUCUCAAAGAAAUUUUCCUACAUAACAAAUAAGCGUUGACCGGCUGUUGUCUACCUCACCGCCCGAUUUGCUCAUUAGUUAUGAGGCAGGCGAUCUGGGCACCAAUUUGCCCUGAAAAUCAUCGUCAGUAUUUGAGAAACUGCGCACCUACCCCUCCUCUCAUCCAUCAACACUAACGUCUUGUCAGUUGACUGUUGUUGAGUUAGGGGAAGGGUAGGGGCGCAGUUGCUAAGUCAUGAAACGGAGGGGGGGGGAAUAUUUAUUGACCCUAUAUAUCUAGGUCCGACGAGCUACGCGGAAGUGCAACCGUGACAUUUUGGUCUUAAUUCAAUUUUACUAUGUAGUAUACUUUUAAUCAGAACUAGUUACCUCAUUUUAUCUCAGAGUGUGGACUUUCCUUCCGAUUGCACGAGGUUAAACAUCAACAAUUAAACAGAGUUUUGAGCCUCAGAGCGCUAUUAACUUGUAAAGACUACUCGAUGAACUUUCACUGAAAAUGAACUAUGGUCAACAGGCAAAAUAUAAUUUUCAACGCCGCUUUCAACACUGAAGUUUCUAUUUCUUUUAUGUAGGAUUUUCCAGACCUAAACCACCACAGUGCAUGGAUCCCCUCGGAAUGCAAAACGGUAAAAUACCAGACUCUGCCAUUACAGCGUCAAGCUCAGCAAAUGCUAAUAGCUUUGCUCCAUACGUUGGCAGACUUCAUUUCCUGAUGUCUGGUAGUGGUAAAUACGGCAGCUGGGCCGCGGCCUCAAACAAUGCUGACCAGUAUUUCCAGGUCGACUUCGGAACAUGGACACAGAUCACAGCUGUAGCCACCCAAGGAAGGCAGGAUUCUGCCCAGUGGGUUAAAACGUACAGCCUUUCAUUCAGCUAUGAUGGUGUGUUCUGGGAAACAUUCAACGAUGAGGAUCACUUAAAGCAGGUGAGAACCUAAUGAAUGUAGUAUUCUGAUCAUUGUGAAUUCCAUUGGCUCAGGGUUAUUCGCUAGUGUUGUUAUGGGUAUUUUAUUGAUUUCAAGGAUUUAAGGGAUCAUUAUUGCUCAAUACGUCUGCCGAGAAAAUGAAAUAUUCUUUGAGAAUACUUCGGCUUGUGUUUUGGUCAAGGACGUUUGUGCUAGGGAGCGGAAGAGAUGGGGGUGGGUGGUUGGGGAAGCUUCCUAGUGACGGUUAAAUGAAGAUGUGCUCUAUAAGGAUGGGGUCGCACAUUUUUUGGGGGUAAGAAAAUUCUGAUAAGGAGGGAUUUAAGAAUGGGAAGUUUUGUGGUUGAAAAGUGACUUCGAAGGGUCUUUAAUCGGCCACGUAAUAGACUAUAAUGCGGUAGCUGUUCUGAGACGCCACUUUCCUCGCUGUUGACGUGAAUCUCUUAUCACAGGAAAAUGAAAAAAAAAACUUACAGCAACAUGAAGGAAUUUUGAUGGAUCGACAUAGGAAAUUGCAUGUAGUGGUGAGACAAAAAAAAUUCACGCGCGGUCUAAGGUGCGGUGAAAUUGUAAAAAAGAAGAUUCUUAACACAUAAUUCACUUAAUCUUAAUUGAUUGUGUAAUUAGUAAAUGUUUGUGAAAUGAAUAUUGCAGGUGUUUAACGGCAACUACGAUAGAUUCACAGUGGUAAAAAACAAAUUACAUAAACCAAUUAUAACAAGAUACAUCCGGAUUCGUCCAGAAACGUGGCAGGCCCAUAUUUCCUUGAGAGCAGAAUUUUACGGCUGUAAAGAAGGUAGCAGAUAAGACCCUUUCAUCUUUUAUUGGCGAAGGGGGCGGGGGUUUCGGAAGAUUUUGGUUGUGUCACAAUGAAAUUUACUUGAAGUACUCUAAUAAUCGCCUCUUCGAGAGUCAAUUUUCUCUAGACUCUCUUUAAACUCUGGUAGAGAAAACUGAUACUGAAACCCCCUCUGUCACCCCUGAAAACCACCUGAUCCCCCCCGUAAAAUACUCUGAUCCCCCACGAUAAAUAAUGACUGGUCGCCAUGUUGUAUAAUCCUGUUAUUUUUGGCAGUUGUUAUAGUAGGUAGCUCUUGGACAAUGGAAAAAACUUUUGAUUUUAUUUGAGCUAAUGCAGCAAUGCUUUGUACAUUUUAAUUUUUUGUUUCCUCCUUUCCCUCUUUUCAAAUAACUGGAAUCAUUUUUUAGGAAUGGAACUUGGAUGCGUCGUUUUUAAUGGAAAACGACGCGCACACCAUUUGAAUUGAAAUCCUCCUGUUUUUAAAAUGGUUCCUUUUUACUGCAUGUCAUAGGAAAAUAGAGACGUCAGGACGUUUGUAGAUCUCAACCCCUUUACUUCUGAGAAGAUUAGCUGGAAUAAUUUUCUUUCUGUAGGAUUUUUACCACCCAAGCUGGAAUGUCAGUCAGAACUUGGAAUGAAAAGCGGUAAGAUACCCAACAGCGCUAUCACUGCCACCUCUAGCUACAGUGAUUCAUAUCUCCCACAGUACGCCAGACUCGACAAUACAUUGCCCUCAAAUGUCCGUGCAGCUUGGUUUCCAAAGUCGCAAGAUGAUGGUCAGUUUAUUCAAGUUGAUCUUGGAGAAAUCACGAAGAUAACUCGUAUUGCCACUCAGGGACGGUACAAUGUGGGACAUUACACCAAAAACUACUAUGUAACGUAUAGUGUUGAAGGCGGCCCUUACCUCGCCUACAAAGAGAAUCAGGUAAAUUGUCUGAUAAGAACUUACGUUAAGUCGUAUGUGGUUCAGGUUCAUUAUCAACAGUGAAAGCAAGGAAAGGUUUUGCUGUUGACGACAGUAUCAUGAACGAUUUAAGUAAAACAUAAUGAUUGACCUUGGUGUUACAUUCGAUUGCAAAAACUUUGACACCUAAAAAGCGUGAUCCAUGAACGGUUUUAUGGGAAACGUCCACCCUGAAUUUAAAGAAAUAGAGUGAACGUUUUUUCAUGAAAAUGUUCGCUUGAUAAAGCUUGAGUGAGACAAUAUGUUAGUCCUUUUUUUUUAAGGAAUGAUCUGAAUGACUAGUCGUUAAUGACUUUUCGACAUUAAAAAAUCAACCCCAGAAAAUUUCCAUAAUCCUAGUCCAGCUAGAUCUGGUUGCACCCUAGGUAGUCCAAGCGCGCAAACGAGACUUCGUAAAUAUACAGAUAUGUUUACAUUGCGCAAUUCUUUUUUUCUCAAGACUAGUUUAGAUUUUAAGGUUGGUAAUGCAAUCCUUCUAUUUUUUUUAUCGUACAAAUCCUUUUAUUUGGUUCAUUGUGUAACGCAAACAUGUUUACAUAUUGACGAAUCGAAGGCUCAUUAUGCGAGCUUGGGCUACCUGUGGUUGAACAUUUAUGCUGUGAUACCAUUGGCUACGAGACCCUAGAAAAGGUCGCCAGUGGCAAGAGUGUUUUUCGUGUUUAUUUGGAAAUCUUGUCAUCUAAUGUACUUUCCAUUUUUUUCCAUACCUCAUUCUAGCUUAUUCCUGCUAAUAAAGACACCAAGACUGUUGGACACAUCUUCAACCCGCCCAUAAUCGCGCGCUACAUACGGCUCCACCCUAAAGAGUAUCAUGGCUACAAGGCUUUACGAUUCGAACUUUACGGUUGCACAGAAGGUACGUGUUCGCGGUAUACUUUACAUGAUCAAGGCACUAACAUUUACAAACGCUUCUGCUUUCACAUAGCCUACCGAGCAAGUGUAAUUUUGGUAAGCCAGUGUUCAGUAUUUGCUUGGUGAAAACGAAGCUGCCAUCUUUGAUUUUUACAACUGCGAAAGGCUGGGGAGAGAAAGAGAUUUGUUCCAAGGGGGUGAGCUACGGUAAAAAAAAGGAGAGGGAAGGGGUGGGUGGGGCAAUAGAAAUUAGUCUCCUCCCCUUUCCCCUCCUCCCCCUACCGCCCACUUUAACUCCAAAUUAAACAUGGCUGCGGGUCGAUCGCGAGCUUGUAACGUUAACUCUGUUAGAAAAUUACUUAAGCCUCCCCCCCCCCCCCCCUCCACCAAGGCUCUAUAACUAUCUUAUGAUCUCCCCUUAUUGGCAGUUAACUGGCGGUCAAUUUUCUAGAGUCGCCCAUUUAUAAUCUGAUAGCGAUGAUUGAUUCCCCAUCUGCUCCCCUUCAAAAGCAUGUGGGCCCCCCCCAUACUCUCCGACUGUCCGGGUAAUAAAUGAGUGGUCCCGCCUUAAGGUGACGUUGUGCGUCUCGUGAAGAACUUGUUACACAAAAAUGUUUGCCUUUGAAUUGUAUGAAUACUUAUACUAGAGUUGCUUUAGACAGGAGUGCGGGAUCGCAAUUUUUAGAACGGCAUUCGUUUUGCUUUAACCUCUCUCUGUGAUUGGUAUGGAAUGCACAACCAAUCGUGCGUCUGCCCGAACUUCAGACAGUUUUUUUGUUUUACAUUUUUGUUCUCUUUUCCCCCUAACGAUCUUCUUAACUGCUCCUAUUAGUUACGGUGAUUACCUUAGUUUUGGUUUUUCUGUCAAUCCCUGCAAAGAGCGCCAAAUAUGAAAAAUCUACCUUUUCUCUACAGGGUUUAAAAUUCCGGAAACGCCUGCUUGUCAGAUGCAACUCGGUAUGCAAAAUGGUAGGUUGCCAGAUUCAGUAUUGACAGCUUCAUCGAUGCUGAGUGCCACCUAUGCGCCUGGAAUGGCCAGACUACAUCAAACGGCUGCCAGUGGUCGCGGUGGAUCCUGGAUUGCAAAAACGCAAGACCUCAAGCAAUGGUUUCAGGUUGACUUUGGGGUCGAGACAACAAUUACACGGAUUGACACCCAGGGUCGACAAGAUGGCUCACAGUGGGUGAAGGAAUACACACUUAGAUACAGCGAUGAUGGGUCUUACUUUACGCAGUACCAACCCGAAGGACACACAAAGGUUUGUUGUUCCCAUCGAGGGAUUGUAAAAAAAAAGUUUAUCAUCUCUAGCUUGAUAUUUGUCGCUAAUUCAUUGCCCAGCUGUUCAGUGAUGAGGGCCGUUAAAUGAAAUAAUAAAUAUUGUAUGUUGAGGUCAAAGAAUGUUUUAAGGGCAAAAUUGGUGAAGAUUCAAGUCUUUAUAUCACGGAUAGAUGAAAAAGUAAGCAUUCUGUGAAUGUAAGGCAAAGACCAAGCCCUCUACGAGAACGCUUUGGUAGUGGAUUAAUUAACUCUCUCUCGAAUAUCUUUUUCCUUUUUCUCUCUAUGUGAUAAGACAUUUAAGGCAAAUAGCGAUCGUUAUACCGUUGUUGGCCACGAAUUGGACCCACCUAUCAGGGCACGAUAUUUGAGGAUCAUUCCAGAGGAAUGGCAGACCUACAUUGCGAUGAGGCUCGAGUUUUACGGUUGCAAGUCAAGUACGAUCCGUUUAUCCUGAUCACAUGAUUUUAAACUAACCUAGUGAUUAUUUAUAGCCAAUUCAGAGUAUUUAUGUUUGACACUUAUUGCGUAUCACGUUGGAAGUUGUGCACGCCAAUUUUUUAAAUAACCGAAUCAUACACAUUCUAUUGCGUGAAAGAUGAAUGCUUUCUCUGCGUUUUCUUUACUGAUUACUCAGCCUCAUUUAGCCCUUAAGUGCUCAACUCUCUAUGGUAUAUCGAACGAAUACAAUUCACGUUAUCGCGCGUCUGCUCAAAAAUAGACCACAGAUUGCGUCAAAAUUUGGUAAGAACAAAAUGUGGUAGUAAAGAGCUAUUCUAAAUCAGGUUAAAGAUUUCACUUUCUCAAUGCGGACAAAAUUCUCAAAAAUUUCUAUCAUUGUGGGCUACGUAAAGCAAAGGAAACAUUUUUGUAUGAUGUCAGCCAUGCGUCUAUAAAGUGAUUCAAUAGUUAUUGCCAACGUUCAAUCACAGCGCUUGUAGUAUUCAGCCUAGAGUGUCAAAUUUAAGGUUGUAGUGGUAGCAGUGGCAAGUGGUAACUGUAAUGGCAGCGUUAUUAGAGUUGCAGGAAGGGAAUUGAUGCAGGCGGUAGCAGUAUCAGAAUCAACUGAAGCGAUAGGAAUAUAGCAACAAAAAAUGAUGAAAUUGAGAGCAAGAGGCAAAAUUUUGGUUUUUUCUGUAGACGACGGUGGCUAUUCAAAUUGGGGAGCUUGGUCCCAGUGUUCCGAAACCUGUGGAAAGGGUAGUCACACCCGCACUCGCACUUGUACCAGUCCUCCUCCGAGCGCCGGUGGAAAGGACUGCUCAAGCCUAGGACCUGACAAAGAGACUGAAGAAUGCGAUGCUGGAGGCUGCCCAGGUAUGAUUACAAGAACAACAAAAAUCAUUCUGUUUUUGUUUUCCUUUUUCGUUCCAUAGCCUCUUGGCCCUUUCUCACCUUCUUCUUCUCCGCCUCCCGGCACUUUUUUCUUCCUGUCUGUCCCUCCUCCUUCUCCCUCAUCCUUCUCUUUCCUUCAUCUCGCCCUUCUCCCUUUCAACCUUUACAAACCCUUUGUUCAGCGAUUCUCUUUAGACCUCUCUCCACUCUACAACGUUUCCCUUUCUUCUUUUCUAUUCCUUCUCUCCAUACCAUCCUCUCCGACUAUGCUCAGCUUUGUCAUCUUAAGGAAACUAUCUUUGACUGUCAUUUUGAAAACCAAGAUGGUGAAAAUUUCAGACCUUUGACUGAAAAAAAGCUUCAUACUUUUACUCUAAGAAUUUAGUAUUUUUUACCAUAGAGGUGUAUUUACCCUUUCUACGCUACGUUUAAGCAGCUUUCACACCAAUUCACCAAAAAGAUCCGAAACGAAAAAGGCGUUUUUACAUAUGGUAAAACGUUUUAACCUGUCACUCUCAGAGAUGCGCAGGUUCAAAAGAUCAGAAACUAUGUUUCUAAAUGACUUAUCUGAGCUCUUCUUUUUUGGCUCUGGUACACGUGAGUGAAUGAGUCUGCCGCAGAGAGAAAACCGCUGGGUAAAAAGGUCUAGGUGCAUGCGCUUGAAAACGAGAGAAUGUCAGAAUUCAGAGUGAAAGGUUUUUUAAACCACCAGUGAGUCUUAACGAAGCUGAAUUGCCAUGUUGAAGUCUCCGUGAUAUAUUUGCAGUCAAUGGCGGCUACUCUGCUUGGACAUCAUAUGGUGAUUGUUCAAAGACUUGUGGAGGUGGGGAACAGACACGUGAGCGGACAUGCACCAAUCCCCCACCACAGUACGGUGGAAAAGACUGCAGUGAACUGGGACCAAGUUCUUCUACAAGAAGUUGUAACAAUGGGAAAUGCCCUGGUAAACCAGGUAGAAUUUAAGUCAAACGUUAUUUACAAUUCAAAGGAAGUGUCAGUGACGUAAUGGUGAGUGCACUCCAGCUUCCGGUGCAAGGAGGAUGAACCGCAAUUCUUUGUCGUGUAGCGGUCUCUAGAAUAUUUUGAGUUUUAAAUUAUGAGCCUAUGCUUUUAUCGAUGCACGGAAGAAGUAGAGCUGCUUUUUUUUUGCUGGCAACCAUCGGCCAUUACUAAGACAACAAAUUUGUUGACACGGGUUAUGUUAAAGUGGAAAGUAAUGUUCAUUAAUAAAUUUCAAUGAGGUAGAAAAAGACAGUCAAACAAAAAACAAAAUUAAAAGAACCGCAUCUGACCUAGGAUUCUCCAAGCUGAAAAUACAGGAUGUACAAAAGAUAAAACUUCUGACAGCAUGCACUCCAUUCGAUCUCAUUGUUAUUUUAAAGUUGACGGAGGUUACACCCAAUGGGAGCAGUGGUCAGAUUGCUCCUUUACAUGCGGUGGAGGAAGACGCAGCCGCCAUCGACAGUGUACCAACCCUAUGCCAUUGAAUGGGGGAAGAGACUGUUCAGGUCUUGGACCGUCGAGUGAGACUCAGGAAUGUGGUACUGCUCCAUGCCCCAGUACGUAUUCAUAUUUGCCCCCGUUGUGAUCAUUAUCUUUCUGAUAUCAUCGUUUUCUUUGUCUUUUACAGUGGAGGGGGUAGGGAAGUUGAAUGGAACACACCGGAUCGCAGAGGCACACUAUAACCCUUCUAUAGGAUUAGGUUUCUCAGAUAUAGAUAUGUGAUUGAUCGUAGCUAAUCUGUCUUCGUGCCAUAUUUUACCGUAAUGCAGCAAAAAUCUAUUGAUUUCUUUGGUCUAUUGAUUAUAUCGCGAAAAAGAGCAAUUCAUUUAAAUUAAGUGGCGAAAAAAAUCUAAGAUCGCUUUCUUUUGCUUUACUUCGCUAUGUAAUUGAUCCACAAAACCCAUGCCACUUUCUCGUGACUUGGUCGCACGCGUUUUCCCGCGCUUCAGACGGUUGGACUGCUUUUACUUCGAGUUCUCAUUGGCACCUGGUGACAUUUCCCUUCCUAUGAUUGGUUGUUGUGAUUUUUUUGGGUUUGGUAUUAUGAAACUCAAUUGAAAACUGCUCUAUUGUGCAUAAUUAAAAAACCUGCUGUGUGUAUUUUACAGUUAAUGGUGGAUACGGCCAAUGGGGAAAGUGGAGCGAGUGUUCAGUUACUUGCGGAAGCAAGAAAGGCACAAGAAGACGUGACAGGCUGUGCAACAAUCCAGAACCUGCGAAUGGCGGUAAAGACUGCUCUAGACUUGGAAAGGACACUGAGACGGAGGAGUGCAAACCGAAAGUCUCCAAAUGCCCCGGUAAGUAUACACACUUAAUUUCACAGGUGCUGAACGAACGACUGCGAAAAUACAUCGUUUGUCAAAUCAGAGACACGAACGUAGUACCUCACAGCGGAGGGCAACAAAUGGCUUCCAAUCCUUGAAAUGUGUCAGUCAGUAAGAAAAAAUCUCAGUGUGUGUGAAAUAAAAACGUUAUACCAUGGAAAGUGCUUGAACAAUUUUUAUUCACUCGUUGCGAUGCAUCAAAAAACGAACGAGUGAGCACGGCGAACGGGUGCGUUUUUGAUACAUCCCAUCUCGUGACUAAAAUCGUUAUUGCGCACUUUCCAUGAAAUAGUCUCUAUUCAUUAGAUGGAUUGACAUAUAGUAAGCGCUGGUACUUUGCAAGUUGCGAGUUGAGGAUUUGUUAUCCAAACAAUUAUUUCACUUUUUAAUAUUUUGAUUUGUAUAGUUUACACUCUACGGGCUAGUCUGUGCAUCGCAUCGAUCGCCUAGGGAGUACGCGACAACACGACAAAACCAUUUAAGUCUUCCUCAUGACCAAGGAAAAAGACUAUCGUUGUUAAAUUUUGUUUCUCCAAAAUUAAAGCUUAACAAAACGAAAAAAGGUUUGGAUCUUUCAAUGCGGCCAUUUUUUUGCGCCGUAUUUUUGCCCUGCUGUUUAGUGUAAUACCGUGGCAUAUUUUGCACGUUACCAUGGCUUUAUUUGGUAAAAUGAUACAUGAAUGAUAAAGCACAAGAAUAAUGUACUAGGGAAAAUGACCUUUUUUUUACCUUUUAAUUUACCCCUUAUUUAUGUUUCUAAAUGCUGUGGUUAUAAUCAAUUGAUAGCUCAAAAUCGAUGGCCCGCAUUUUUUAGAGUAACUAGCUCUUAACGCCCUGCACCUAUCUGAUUUUUGCAAAACGCUGUACACAAUUUAUUGUUCAAAGUAUUGCUGAUGAAAGCAGAGUAGGGGUUCCGGUCUAAUUUUGCAAGCUAUUUCACUCAUUCGUGUUUUCUGCGCUGACUUCGUUGAUAUUGACAGUCAAGAAAUGCAAAUAGAUAAAAAAGAGGUCAUUUCAUGGCCACGCGUGGAUUCCUGUUUGUAAACUAGGAUUGCAGAAUAUUAAAGUUACUUCAACUUCCGACAUAGCAAUAAAGGAAUUAAGUCUGAUUACAAGAGUUAUCAAUAAAGGGCAAAAUUACUGAGCGCUGAUUGGUUGAGAGAGAGGGCAUUUUUUCUUAAUCGAGGGCAUUUUUAGUAAUCAAGAGAGGGCAUGAUUACCUUGUUCAGUUAAAAGCACUUUGUUGUUUUUCUGUUGGCAGAAACGCUCUGUUGAAAUGAGCUUUGUUUUCUAGACUUUUGGCAGUGUAUCACGACACAGUUUUGGAGAAUAAAAUUUCAUUGAAUCGAUUGGUCAGUUCAAUUUGAUUGAUGAUUUGCCGUAGCGCUAAACAGGCUUCCCAGAUAAAAAUAGACUGCGUGCGUGAUUUUCCUUUGUAUAAAUUUUGCCCUUUAUUGAUAAACAAGUAAUCCCAUGAGACCUCGUACUAUUAAGGAUUAAUUGCACUCCAAAAUUUUGAAAACUCUCGUGCAAUUAAUCCUUAAUAGUACUUGGCCUCAUGUGAUUACAUAUACAUAUUUUCCUCCCCAAAAUAGUUAAACUUCACUUUAGUAAUGCUUGUUGUUAAAACAAAAACCUUUCGUGAAUGUAAAGAAGCCAUGUAGAUCUCCAUUGGCCAGGUUUUCCUGACUAGUCGCUCUUUUCAUAAGCUGACGUUCCAGCUUUUAAACAAAGAGACUUAGCUUGUUGUAGAAAAGUUAUCCUAGAAAGAAAUUUGCUAAUGUAAGUGAUUUGAACAGUUGUAACUGUAAGGGCAAUUGUACAGGGUCAUUAUGCUCCUGGCAAGUUUCCUGGACGUAACUCCACGACAGAUUUGAUUCGCCGGCAAUAUUUUCCUGGACAAGUGCAAUGAUUAAUAUACCCAUUUGUUUAUGUGCAGUUGACGGUGGUUACGGUAAAUGGGGCAAGUGGGGUAAAUGUAGCAAAACUUGUGGCGGAGGACAACAAACAAGAAAGCGAAGAUGCAACAAACCGAAGCCGUCAAAAGGAGGAAAGAAAUGUAAUGUCCUUGGACCAAGUAAAGAAACUAAGGAAUGCAACACAAAUCCUUGUGGACGUAAGUAGACUCUUUUAUGGCACAUUUAUGAAAACUCAGAGGAGUUCCGCCAACAUAUUUUGAGUCUUUCUUUUUUUUGCAACAUGCAGGACUACCAUCGAAAGUAUAGGAGUACAAAAUAUUAGCUCGAUAAGAAAGAGGAAGGAAAAGAGUCCAUAAUAAACCAAGAAAGGGAUAGGAUAGUUAGCGAUGAAGAAGAUUGGAGAAGGGUUUCAUUGACCCUGGAACUUAAGGUUAAAAUUUCAAGAUUUUCGAACCUUAUCGUAGCGCAGAAAGGAUAAAACUGAUUGGUAAAAACUCAGAAUUCUCCAGCUGGAGAAGAAUUGGUCGCUAAUUGGCUGAUUUAGGGGAAUUUUUAAUUGAGUGUCUAGAGUGACCCGUGAUCGCUUUGUUAUUGCUCCGCUCUAUGAUUGGUCCAGAAAUUCACGCCUUUCUCUCAACCAGUCGGAUGCAAAACUAAAACAAUCACGACUUGGUCACCAGCAUUUUCCCGCGCUUUAGUCAGUUUGGCUGCGUCUACUUUGAUUUCUCAUUGGCUCUUAUAGCUAUUUCCUUUCUUCUGAUUGGUUGUUGUUGUGAUUACUUUGAUUUUAGUUUUACUCCGACACAAUCGAAAAGCGCUCUAUGUUUGCGAUUCGAGUUUGCAUCUUCAAUCAAAAUGAAGGUUCAUGUGUUACAAUACUGACAGAUCAUUUUUAUACACACGACGAUCCACGGGAAGUACUUAUUUUUCAGUAUUGUAAUUUGAGCAAUUUUGAAUCCAAUGGCGAGAGUGAUCCAGGAUUAUGUUGGUCUUUCGACACUAGGAUGCGCUCUCUGAUUGGGGUAGAAAAACUUAUGUUCCCACUCUCGACCAGUCAAAUGAAAACGUGAAACAAAUCAUUAGUUGAUAUCAAGCUUAAUUUUAUCUCUCAGUUGGUACGUGCGCUAUGAAUAGUAAAUUAAGCAGGACGUACUUCUCUGUAUCGCCUGCUAGUUUCAAAAGUUUGUUUGAAUAGAAAUCUUCCCCCUCUAUUUGAACCAAGAGAUAUAAUAAAUAUCUUUCUAACCUUGUUUACCCAGUCCGUAAUUAAGUUACAAAACCUCGUUCUUUUCUGCUCGGAUUUAUGGGCGCGUGCUUUAGGCUUGGGCCACAAAUCUGAGCGGACAAAACUUGGUCCGUAACUUACAGUACGGACCUAGCACUCGGUAAUUAAGAGGUAUUUUACGCGCACAGACGCCACAAUUAACAUCACAUAAACAGCAUACUGAUUAGAGAAUUAGUUUCCUGGCGUGGUUUCUGAGAAAUUUAAUUAAUUCACAGUUUGAGCUCAGUAAUGAAAUAGGGAAAAUCUCGAGCGAUGUAACUUUGUUUUUUGAUCAACAGCUGCCUGGAAGCCAAUGGGCUGCUAUAUUAUGAAAGCUAAAGCACUCGAAAAGUAUUUCCUAAGAGCAGGAAGCAUCUCUCAAACGAGCAAGAGAUUCGACGCAUGUGUAAAAGAGGCUAAGGCUCAAGGAAUCAAAUUGUUUGGUAUGGAUGACAAAAGAUGCUGGACAAGUGAUAACCCAGAGAAAUCCUACGAUAAGUUUGGAAAAUCGGGACUAUGUAAGAAAAAGAAAGCCUAUGGCACUGGCUUUACAGAGUCCCUCACAGUGUUCGUGUAUCGCAUGGAUGGCAAAGGUAAAGGAUCAUAACGAACCUGUUCGUAUGUGAAUAGUGAUAUACACAAGCGACGGGAGUGUCACACAACAAGUGGAUCCCACUUUGCCUUGUGUCUGGUCAGUUUAGAUCAUAUUAGAUCAUAUAAUGUCCAAAUGAGCGAGGAACUUAAAAGUGACGUCUUUUAUUUAUUGCUAAGCCGAUACAUCUCAAAAAGGAAUCUGUGCUUUUUUGCGCACAGCACCGACAUGUGACAUGAGUUUGCUCAUGCAGAAUUUCUUUCUUUUUUGGGGGGGGGAGAGCUUCACUGACUGUAAUCUUUUAUAAUCGCGAAAACAUUUUUAAAACUGCACGCCAUGUUUUAUUGAAAAAAAAAAAAGGUUUAACCAGUUUCUUCUGACUUCAGUCGUUUGUCUGUUUUCCAGUAGAUCAUUGGCACGAAUUAUUCGGUCUUUUAACAUCCACAUGUACAUUAUUUAACCUUACGGGUGUUUAGCUGAAAGUCAAAUUGCAGGAAACCUAUGACUCCCAUGUAGUUAAAUCGACUUCACAGUGAAAUUUCCACUCAUAACGAAAUGAUCAUGAAAGUUCUCAACUCAAUUUUGGUUCGUAAUAAUUUCACACUGGUUUCGUCACAGAAUAUCAUAAUUUUUCUUUGAAAUUAACAAAAGCGAACAUAGCGCGAGAGCAUGCCUCAUUUUUCGUAAGGAAGCUUGCGUGUAAAAUCUUCUAUAAUUUUAUGUUAAGUUUAUAUUUUAAUAAAAGAACGCUUUUAAACACGUUUCUUUUAAAAACAGGUAAAUUUAAGGCAGUGGACUGCUUUUUAAACAGUGCCCCUGCAAUUUUGCCCCAAGCUUUCGACAAAAAUGUCGGGAGUGUGUCCGGUACUGAAACUAUGGUUGAGUACUGCAAAGAGAAGGCCGAGAAGUUUGGCUACAAAACCUUUGGUAUCGACGAUAAAGGAUGUUGGUCUGCUGACAAUGCAGCUUCGGUAUAUGACGACUACGGAAAAUCUAAUGCGUGUACAAUCUCGAAGAAGACUGGGAACGGUGUUGGAGCCGAGAUUAACGCUGAUAUCUUCGUUUAUCAGCUGCAAGGAUAAGGUAUGUUUCUCCUUUUUUUUCCCCCCUCAAAUAUGAGUGACCAGCGUGCACUUGGAUUCAGUCUUCCAUCUGGUUUAAAGUGCUGCGCGAGUUUUCUCAAACACAGUCCCCGAUUACGCACAACAAUAAAUUGGAAAUUUCUCAUAGUUUUUGAGCUCAAUUACAUUCCUUGUUGUGUGAAUACUUUUUAAAUUCAAUUUCAUCAUGCAAAUAUCAAUUUAUUUCUAUUCAUACGUUUCUUACAGAUGUCAGCGGGUUAUUAUCCGAACCAGAUGUGAAAUGGCUUUCCAAAAUUACGGAAAAUGAAUAUCUAUUAUUAAGAUUGAAAUAUAAGCACGUGGG